CAGUUUCCCCCCGGACACCAGAGGAGACGGACUGCUACGCCGUAGAGGAGCGACGCUGAAGUUCAGCUAACGUGACGCUGUUCCUCUGUCAUUGUUUAUUUUUUCCACCAUGAAUUCAGACGCAGUUUUACUGUUAGAGACGGUCAAUUUUGCCGCAGAGAAACAUCGUAACCAGCGACGUAAAGACCCGGAGGGAACGCCGUACAUCAACCACCCCGUCGGAGUAGCGAGAAUCCUCAGCCAUGAAGGAGGCGUCACAGAAAUCGAGGUUUUGCAAGCUGCUCUGCUUCAUGACACAGUGGAGGACACGGACACCUCUCCUGCAGAACUUGAAGCCAAGUUUGGACCGGUCGUGGCUCGCAUCGUUCAGGAGGUGACGGAUGAUAAGAGUCUGCCCAAACAGGAGAGGAAGCGUCUGCAGGUGGAACAUGCGCCUCACUGCAGCCACCAAGCCAAACUGGUCAAACUGGCUGAUAAACUAUACAACCUGCGGGAUCUGAACCGCUGCACCCCUGCUGGUUGGACAGCCGAGCGGGUGCAUGAGUAUUUUGUGUGGGCCUCUGAGGUAGUUAGAGGCCUGAAAGGAACCAACUCGGCUCUGGAAGAGAAGCUGGAGGAACUGUUCAGACAGAGAGGAGUCCAGCUCUAACAACACAACAGCUGAGAACAGGCCAUUCAGAUUACAAAUCAAAUACACUUUCAUUUGUAAAUAAAUGAAAUAAAUCAUAUUUCAUAUAAA